UUGGAGCCAAACCCAGCCAAGUCGGUAAGGGUUUGAGUCAGUUCCGUUGUCGCCCCGCCAUUAACCAACGGCACAACUUCAUCAUCUUCUUCACUCGACUUCUGUCAAAAUUCAAAAUUUCUACUUCUACAACCACGCAGCCCUUAAACAAACUAUCCAAAAACAUGAUUACAAAACAAAAUAGUUCAUGUUACAACUGGUUCAAAAGCAGAAGAAGAGGAAUAACCACAUGUACACUUCAACUGGAGUCCUCACUGGUCUCACAAUCGACGUCCAAUGACCACAACCUGCUUUGUCUCUCUUUAGCUGAACAAUUAAUUAAACGUGGCUUAAUAUCAUCAGCCCAACAAGUGAUUCGCCGUAUCAUUGCUAAUUCUGCCUCUGUUUCUGAUGCUAUUUCAGUCGUUGAUUUCGCAAAAUUUCAUGGCAUGGACCUUGAUAUGGGUAGCUAUCGUGCUAUCAUAAAGAAAUUGGUACAAUCUGGUCAAUGGCAAUUGGCACUUUCGCUUUAUUGUGAAAAUAUUGUUGCUGCAGGUAUUGAUCCUGACUCAGAUGUUUUGAAUUCGGUGGUUAUUUGUUACUGUGAGAUAGGCGAAUUAGAGGAUGCAAUGAAGCAUUUUGAUAGGAUUUUUUUGAUGGAUUCUGUUCCUGUUAAACCUGCUUGUAAUGCUAUUCUUAGAGAGUUAUAUGCGCAAGAAAGAUUUUUGGAGGCUUUUGAUUAUUUUGUUCGGAUACAUGAUGCUGGUGUAAACAUGAGUUUUUCUUCUUAUAAUAUUUUGAUUGAUGGGUUAUGUUAUAAAGGGUAUUUAAAUGAAGCCAUGAAAUCGUUUGAAAUGAUGCGUAAGAUAUCAGGAUUGACACCUAGUCUUCAUUUGUAUAAAUCUUUGUUUUAUGGUUUUUGUAAAAGAGGGUGGGUUGUGGAGGCUGAGUCGUUGUUUGAAGAAAUGGAAUCACAGGGGUUCUUUGUAGAUAAGAUGAUGUAUACUUCUUUGAUGAAUGCGUAUAGUAAGGAUAAGAAGAUGAAAAUGGCAAUGCGAGUUUAUUUGAGAAUGCUCAAGACAGGUUGUGAGCCGGAUAGUUAUUCUUGUAACACUUUAAUUCAUGGUUUUGUCACUAUGGGUUUGUUUGAUAAAGGGUGGGUAGUAUUCAACCAAAUGAUUGAGUGGGGAUUGCAGCCAAAUAUGGUCACUUAUCAUAUUAUAAUUAGUAAUUAUUGCAGGGAUCGGAAUGUGGAUUGUGCUUUGACACUUUUAAAUAACAUGUUAAGUAAUAGUAUAGCUCCCAGUGUGCACUGUUACACAGAUUUGAUUGCUUCUCUUUACAAGGAGAAUAGGCUAGUGGAGAUAGAUGAAUUGUACAAAAACAUGCUGGAAAAUGGCGUUGUUCCUGACCAUGUGCUAUCCUUUAUCCUCAUGAAGAAGUGUCCUAAGGGUCAAGAGCUUCAGCUUGCUCUCAUGGUGUUGCUAGCAAUUGCCAAGAAUGGAUGUGGUAUUGAUCCUUUGGCUCUCUCAACCUCCACUACUCUGAAUGCUACAGGGGAUUUGAUCAAAGCAAUUGAGCUUCUGCUUGGGGAAAUUGUGAAAAGCAACCCAAAUCUCGCUAAUGUGGCAUUUGGUGUCUAUAUCAGUGCCUUGUGCAAGGGUGGAGAAUCAGAGUAUGCUUUCCUUUGCAUGGAUAAAUUGGUUAGUCUUGGAUGCAGACCUUUGCUUAUUACUUAUAACUCUUUGAUCAAGUGCCUUUGCCAGGAGGGACUUUUUGAGGUUGCCAAUUCCUUAAUUGAACUUAUGCAAGACUCUGGUACGGCUCCGGAUAUAUCUACUUAUUUGAUAAUGGUAAGUGAAUAUUGUAAACGAGGAGAUAUAGCUUCAGCCUAUGGUGUUUUGGACCAAAUGGAUAUGAGAGGACUGAAGCCUGGUGUUUCUAUCUAUGAUAGAAUAAUAGGUUGUCUUUUCAGGGAAAAAAGGAUACUUGAAGCAGAAGUUAUGUUCAAGAGAAUGCUGGAGGCAGGUGUGGAUCCUGAUGAGGUUGUCUAUGUGACAAUGAUCAAUGGAUACUCCAAAAAUGGAAAACCUAUUGAAGCUUGCCAAUUGUUUGAGAAAAUGAUGGGGAAUUCAAUUCAACCAAGUUCUUAUUCUUACACUGCCCUGAUCAGUGGAUUGGUGAAGAAAGGUAUGAUGGACAAGGGAUGCAUGUACCUUGAUAGGAUGUUAGGAGAUGGGUUUGUGCCAAAUGCUGUGCUCUAUACCUCUCUUAUCAAUCAUUUCUUAAGGAUAGGGGAGUUUGAAUUUGCCUUUAAACUAGUUGAUUUGAUGGAUAGAAACCAGAUAGAAGGUGAUUUGAUCACGUAUAUUGCUUUGGUCAGUGGUGUUUGUAGACAUAUGACUGGUAGAAAAAGAUUGUUUAUUGUUGACAGAGGGUCUGAAAAUGCGAAGGAAAUGUUGUAUCAGUUGCUCCAUCAGAGAACUUUACCCCUGAGGAAGAACAAUUUAAAAGUUUGUGUCAAUUCUCCUGAAGGAAUGAAAUCUUUCGCAUUGAAGCUCGUGAAGAAAGUUAAAGAAAUUCAGUUUAUGCCAAACUUGUACCUUUAUAAUGGUAUAAUUUCUGGAUUUUGUGGGGCAGGUAGGAUUCAGGAUGCACAUGAUCAUUUGGAGAUGAUGCAAAGGGAAGGCGUAUGUCCCAAUCAGGUGACUUAUACUAUUCUCAUUGAUGGGCAUAUCAGAGCUGGUGAAAUUGAUUGUGCCAUUGGGUUUUUCAAUAAGAUGAAUGCAGAUGGUUGUGCUCCUGAUAGAAUCACAUAUAACACUUUGCUAAAAGGUCUUUGCCAAGCUGGUAGAUUGCCUGAUGCAUUGUCAAUCUUAUAUACGAUGCAUAAGAGGGGAUUCUUCCCAAGUAAGGCUUCUUAUGAAAAUUUACUCAAAUGUCUUUGUUCUAGUUGUUUGAGCAUUCCCGCCUUCAAAAUGUUUGGAGAAAUGAUUGCACACGGUUAUGUACCUCGUCCAUAUAGUUACAACUGGUUGCUUUGCAUCCUAUGCGAAGAAAAACAAUUGCCUGAAGCCCAUAUGGUGCUUGAUAUGAUGCAUGAAACAGGGAAGCUUCCUUACAAAUCAACGAAGAGGCUUUUGGGGGAAACAUUUCACAGGCAAAGAGAACUUCUCUUUUCAUGAGCACAGUAUAUAUUUUGUUGUCUGGUUGUCAUAGCUUGGUCACCACAGCUAAUGAAGAAGUGAUUUCUCUUGGGAAUUGGUGGGUAUUAUGCACUCCCUUUUGCAGCCUCACUAAAGAUUUCCAUGGUUUGCAGCUCCCAAUCAUCAGGUUGUCAUUCAAUUGUUAGGAUUGGUUUUCAAUUUCUGCCAACAAUAAAGGAAGAGGAUCACAAUUCGAUGCGAUUUCAUCUGCU